UUCCAGGAGAUAUUCUUAUUUGCCUGCAGCAGACGUCUCUUGCAUCCAUGUCAAAUGCGCAUGCCCGCUGAAAUCUGUAUCCCAAAACCUAGCAGGGCGAUGCGCGUGCCCGAAUCCGACGAGAUAAUUGAGAAUAGUACACAUUUAGUGGUAUGACUAGUAAUACAAAAUGCUUACCCUAACAGUGAUUUUCGAUUUUUUGAAUUGUACUAUAUAAACAUUCGCCUAGGAAAGGAUAGGAAAGUACAAGUUAAGGAAGGGGAUUGCGCCUUUCAAAGCGCACAUGCAGGCACGGCAAAUCUAGAUCUCCUUUCCGCUGGACCAGAAUAAUACUUGUUAGUAUAGCCUAACUAUUGCAUUAAAAAAAUGGAAAUAUAAAUUUUACUUUUCAUUGAAUUUUAAACAGUAUUCCAACGUUGAUUUUUAUGCGUUUUAAUGGAGCGAACAUGAAGGAAAUUCUGAGCGGGCAGCAUUGCCAUGCAUCACGCAUUUACAGAAAUUGUAUUGCACCGUUGAAUGAUAAAAUCUAAACUAAAAGUAGGACAAUUUAUUGCUUUUCGUUUAGACGUGUCUGGUCUCCCGGUAAUGUAUAUUCUUCAUCUGAAGAGCCGAAGGAUUUGUUUACAACAUAUUUUGCUGGCUAUAAGUAGCUAGAAGGAAACUGUACGGACAUCGUUUUGGGGGAGAUUCAUUGGGCUUGCAAUACAGCCAUAUCAUGUAUGCUGGACGUAAAAGGAGAAAACCAGUCCAACGAGCGGUGAAACAGCCACCAUCAGAUGGGGCCAAGUCGAACCCCUCUAAGCGCCACCGGGACCGUCUGAAUGGAGAGCUAGAGAGACUGGCCAGUCUGCUACCCUUCCCGGAGGAGGUCACCACCAGCCUGGACAAACUCUCCAUCCUCCGCCUUAGUGUCAGCUACCUCCGGGCCAAGAAUUUCUUCACUGUUGCCCUGAAGAACCGUACUUGCAAUGGAGGCCAGGCCAGUUGUGAUAGCGAUGACAACAGCAAAGCCACAGGAUUGGCGGACAUUUGGCUGCCUGAAGGCGAACUCUUGCUCCAGGCUCUGAAUGGCUUCGUCUUGGUGGUCACUGAUGAUGGGACAAUUUUUUACUCAUCUCAUACCAUCCAGGAUUACCUGGGAUUUCACCAGACUGAUGUUAUGCACCAGAGUGUGUAUGAGUUGGUCCACACUGAGGACCAGCAAGAGCUGAGGAGGAACCUCCACUGGGCCCUCAACCCACCAUCCAUCACAACCACUGUGGCCCCCCUGGGAGAGUCCCCCUCAGAGGGGGAGCCUGACAGCAGCACAACUACCAUUGUGACCUACAACCCUGAGCAGCUUCCCCCUGAGAACUCAUCUUUCCUGGAAAGGAACUUUGUGUGUCGCUUCCGCUGCCUCCUGGACAACUCUUCUGGCUUCCUGGCCCUGAGUCUGCAGGGCAGACUGAAGUUCCUGCAUGGUCAGAACCAGCGGCAGGAUGAUGGGGGUAAGGCCCCAACCCAGCUGGGCUUGUUUGCCAUUGCUACACCCCUCCAAUCCCCCUCCAUCCUGGAGAUAAGGACAAAAAACAUGAUCUUCAGAACCAAACACAAGCUGGACUUCACCCCCAUGGCCUGCGAUGCAAAGGGGAAAGUUGUGCUUGGGUAUACUGAAGCCGAACUUCGGGUGCGAGGCUCCGGAUAUCAGUUUAUCCACGCGGCAGAUAUGUUGUACUGCGCUGAGAAUCACGUACGAAUGAUGAAGACUGGGGAAAGUGGUUUGACCGUGUUCAGACUCUUAACCAAGGAAAACCGUUGGAAGUGGGUCCAGGCCAACGCCAGACUGGUCUACAAGAAUGGCAAACCAGACUACAUCAUUGCCACACAAAGGCCUCUGGUGGAGGAGGAAGGAGGUGAGCACUUACGUAAAAGAUCCAUGCACCUCCCUUUCACCUUUGCUACCGGAGAGGCUUUGCUCUACCAAUCCAACCAUCCAAUUGGACGCUUCAAUGACAGCAUUCCGGGCUCCGAGAAGAACAGCAGCAAGCCCAAGAAGGGACGGACUGACAGGGUGCCCAAGGAUGGCCUGGACCCGGGCUCCCUCUUAGGGGCGCUGAUAAGUCAGGAUGAGUCUGUGUAUGUCUGCCAGCCAGCCCUGGAGUCCAAGUUAUCCUUCCACAGCAGCCUGUUUGGGGAUCGGGUCAGUUUUUCUGACUCUGACCCCACCGCCAUGCUCCAGGGCUGGGAUGAGUCAUCCAACCAACUGGUGGGGCUGGGACUUCCAGAGCCGACGUCAAGCUUUGACCCACUACUAGCCACCCUGGACUCACUGUCUCUGGGGGGUCAGGUGGGUGUCGUGGAUGGGGAAGAAAGAGGCAAUGGGGAGGCCUGUUCCAACGGGGAGCUGUUUGGGGCCCUGGAGGACCUUGGACUGAGUGCUGAGGACUUGGAGCUGUUGCUGCUGGACGAAAGGAUGAUCCGGGUAGAAAUGGAUUCUGAGCGGGUUCCCACCUUGGAUGACUUGCUGACCAACGAUGAGAUCCUCUCCUACAUCCAGAACUCCCUAGAGGGAAUAACAGAUGUUGCAGGGGAUGGCGGCCAGGUGCAUUCCACUACCCCAGCUUCAACUGCCCCAGUAACAACAACAACGACGACCACAACAAAAGCACCCAUUGAAACCAAUUCUACUUCCACCAUCACUGUGCACUCUCAGUACCUUUACCAUAAGGCUCUCCUGGCGGGGCAGGCACCCAUAGUUCAGCUUUCCCAGCAGAUGCAGCAGCACCUCAGCAUGCGGCCAGGGAGGACGGUCCAAGAGUGGGCCCAGCCUCACAAUGCCUCGCCACAUAAUGUCGCGAAUGGACUCCAGGGGCAGGGUCCACUCAUUCACAAUGUGAUGGGAUGUCCAUUGUCCAUUCUAGCCAGCACAGGGGUGCAGCUCGACCAGACACUAUUCAAUGUUAAGGCGUCAGAGUCGGAUGGGGACCCCUACCAGCGGAAAGCCCACCAACGCUACCUCCAGCAGCAGCAUCAGCAGCCGACCAGGGACCAGAGCCAGCUCCCUGUAGGUCAUGCCAAACCGCCGGGUGCCAAUAUCAACGGGGUGUGUGGAAACUCAAGAGAGCAUCACACAGCUGGCAGUGAUCAGUGGCGGGAAUACAGCCAUGGCCAUCCUGAGGGAAAUACCCUGAAAAGCAACCCCUGCCUCAGCAAUGGCCACAAACAACCCAUUCCAAACCCCAUCAUAGAGGCUUGUGUGGACUACACUAUGACUGAUACUCCUGGCAUGGAUUACACCAUCAAGGGAAGUGCUUAUAAAGGGAACGGGCAGCACCCUGGGACAGAGGCUGAUGUUUCCGCUUACCAUAGAAUUAAGGAGCAGCUGCCUCCACUGGCCCAGGUGCUGUCUAGUCUUUCGCAGUGCCCUCCGCCAAACGCUACCCUGGAGCAGAUCCUAGGGGUUGGACAGUGCUACAGACAGCUGCCCUCGCUGGAGUCCUAUGGCAUGGUGACUUCUGACAUCCCUCAUGAACCCAACCAUAGUAAGUCCAGUACCCAACAAAGACUUCAGAUCAGUGGUCCUUCACAGAGCCAUGUAAACUGGAUCCCUGUCAACCCUGCAAUCGUCCAGUCCAGUGGGGUGUGGAACUAGAGACAUUCUAGUUGACUGGGAUGCAUCACUGAGAUGUGGAGGUCAAGCUGCAGUGCCAGGCAGCGUGUCACUGCUGCUCGCCUAUCAUCAGCCAGAGCCACCAGCAGGGAGUCUCAGCUUACCUGCCUGUACCAAACUAAAGGAACCCCCCAACAGCACCUGAGUUGCCUGCUGCUACACUGGAAAACCUGUUCAGACCCGACCUGUGCUAUUCAACAGAUCUGGCGGCAUACUGGAUCAACCUGUAGCACCAGCUUCUGAAGACCUUUCCUCACCAGGUCACAGCCUAAGAGGCACUACCUGUUCCAGGUACUGAGGUCCAAUCCGAUGAUCCACUUUGGACUUACAGCACUACAUCCGGAUUGGGCCCUGACCCUGGCUCUAUCUGUAUGGGCUUCUCUAGGGUCCGCCCUAUGCACUGCUUAAGCUCCUAGGCUUUGUGCUGGAAAGCCUCUUUGGGAGCACCAAAGCUACCAUGCCUGUACUCGUCUGCUUUGGCCAGGUCAGCCUUACCUGGAGAACUUCUGCUGCUUGAUCUGCUCCCAUCUGCUGUCUUAGUUGAUGGGGCACUUCUGAACACUCUGUGGAAGAGGCUCUUCCACAACCAGACCCUUCUACCCCGAUCUGUACACCUUCUGGACUCCAUGGUUGCUCCUAACUGGCUACUGGUGGACUGACACUGUUGAAGAUAUGUGACUACUGACACUGCUGAAGAUACAUUUUUCAAAGCACACUGCACACAUUUAGGGGUAUCUGUUUCAGAAUUCCCCUCAGAGAAGCCUGUAGUAGGUCAGUUGUAUAGAUUCCUGUGUGUGUUAAUAUAGUACUAUGUUUGUGCAUUAACUCUUGGCCUGCCAUAUUUACCUCAAACUGCUGGCAAAGGUAGCAUUAAAAGACUUUCAAAUACAUAGUUUCUAUUUCAUAGUCUCUAUUUCACUUUGAUGGUAUAAAUGUAGCCAGUUCAUGUUUACAACAUAAGAUUGUAUGUUUUCAACUGUUUUUGUAUGUAUAUUCAAGGUCAGUACUCUGAAACUAGGAUGAAAAGGGGAUUUUUCCUGACCUACAACUAUGCUCUGCUACUGUAGCUUUACCUAAGGGCCUCCUGUUUACACUAAGAUACACAGACAAACCGAGUCUCAAGAGAACAGAAAGAUGGAGUAGGGUAAAGAUACAGUAGGUGGCAGCAGAAAGUUGUCACUGCUGCCUCUGGUAAAUCCAAUUAGCCACGUCUGUUGAAAACAAUCGCUCCAUUGUUUCCCUCUGAUGGACAGUAACAGGGCCUGUUAGGACUUUGACUAGUUGGAUUAGUACAUCCAUCAGUUCUACAACAUAAAAGAGACAUAGGCUUACAAACUGUGAGUUAUCUGUAGGUGCUCCUCUCUAAUGCUCUACUAGAUGAGUCAGGAAGUACAUUAUCCAUAACUAACAAGAAGGACCAGGAUAGUAUUAAAGUCUUUCAAAUUAUAAGGAAAGAGUAUACAAUAAAUCAUUUAAUUGUCCUUAUGAUCUGAAUGCUCUAUUGAUUCUAUUUGUAUGUAUUUAGUCUGUCCUGGAUCAACAAUUAUUGUUGGUCAAAAACUGGGCAUGCUUAGGUUGAAGUCCUUAAGUAUGACCAGUUAUUAUGGUUUGGCAUUCAGAAUUUAUUGUUCAAAAAACAAUACUCAUGUCAGUGUUGUCAUAUGUCAUGUGUCAAUCAGCUGAUAGUAAUCAACCAUCAACUGUUAUAUACUAUUCACACGCUGAAAUGCAGUUUCCCCACA